AGGGCAGAUGUGGCGGCGGGAGGAGUUUUUCAGGUUUUAAGUAGGCCACCAAAGUUUCGUGUGUGCGUGUUUUUCUGAAAACACGGAGCCUGCGUGCGUACACACUGAAACCGGAGCCAGCAUCUCGUGACUGUCGUGCACACGCACGCGCACCCACAAACGUCAGUACCCUCUUAUGACGAUUUGUUUGUCUGACCAAUCACAAAGCUCAGCGGAUGCGGGCUGGCCAAUGGCAUCGGUGAAUGGAGGUGACGUGAACGUGGCUAGCAUACCACCGCUGUACGCCUGUGAACUUGUAGCAGGAGGCGAAACAAGAAGAAGAAACCGUCAAAGAAAGAAGAUGGCGAGAGGCGGCCGCUGCUUACGGAGAGUAGCGGAAUACCUGAGGCAGCUACCGAGCACAGCGAGCCGGGAAGUCCAGACCAAGAGCAAUGUCAGAUACCUGUCAUCCUGCGGGAUCCUGAUGACGCGUGCGCCUCCUCUGCUGGGCGCAGCAGCCAUGCCCGGCCGGGCCGUCGUCCUGCCGGCGCGCAGCUUCUUCAACCUCACAGACUCCUUGUCCAAGAGGAAGGAGUACUCAGAGAGACGCAUCAUCGGGUAUUCCAUGCAGGAGAUCUAUGACGUGGUGGCCCAGGUGGAAAACUACCGCCACUUCGUUCCCUGGUGUAAGAAGUCAGACGUGGUGUUCCGGCGUUCUGGUUUCUGCAAGGCCAAGCUAACCGUGGGCUUCCCCCCCGUGGUGGAGAACUACACCUCCCUGGUCACAACAGUACGACCCCACCUGGUCAAGGCGUCCUGCUCAGAGGGGAAGCUCUUCAACCACCUGGAGACGGUGUGGCGCUUCAGCCCCGGCCUCCCCGGCUACCCUCGGACCUGCACUGUGGAUUUUGCUAUCUCCUUUGAGUUCCGCUCCCUCCUCCACUCUCAGCUCGCCAACGUCUUCUUCGAUGAGGUGGUCAAGCAGAUGGUUUCAGCGUUCGAGCGCCGCGCCUCUACGAUACACGGCGCCGAGACGCCCAUCCCCCGGGAGCUGAUGUUCCACGAGGUCCACCAGACGUAGCACCCAGCCCCGCUUCGCACACUAGCAAAACGCAACGCCAAAGAGACGGAGGACGGCCCCCGUGCGCCGAGUGAGAACUGCAGUGCCUUUCCUACAACAGCGAACCCUUUUUCCACCUCAGAUUUUAAACCUCGGUGCUAAACCCACGCAGGCCCCAGCCGCCGCCGCUGUGACAUCAUCAUGAACUGUACGCCGUCACAUCUGACAAAGAACCAUGAAACCCAGCUGGAGCCAAAAAACAGAAGUGAACAUUUUAGCCUUUUACUAAAACUUUCUACCGUUCAUGAAGUGACCUUUUAGGAGCGUUUCCUGGUUCCAGCUGGUCAGGCGGGGGCAUCCCUCGCUCGUCUUUGUCAAAUCUGAUUUUAAAGCUGCCCAUUUGGGCUCUGAGCGAAGCUUUCAGGGCAUUUGGAUCAAACUGAGGAGUUUGUUUUAGGAAAGUUGUAGCAGUUUUUAUUUAGUUCCCUUUGAAGCAUUUUCUAACCUCUGACUUUAUUUAUAUCUAAACACAAAAGGCUGAAAGCAGAAGAUUAUAAAACAAGCUAGAAACUCAAAUAAUAUAGUAAGCUAACGUAGCGUAGGAGGAGAGGAGACGUGGCAGUUGGUACUGAUGAAGGAUCAGCUGAACGGCGUUCAGCCGGACCGCCAUCCCGUUUUACCGCCGCAGUCCGACUGGAUCCAGAACCGGAUCCUUCUCUGGUAGAAGAGAGACUGCAGGCGGACGUACUGUACUGACGGCGCCACACGCCGCACCCGAACGGUUAAUCUCUCCGUUUUCACCCUCCCUUCAUCAUCAUCAUCAUCAAUGUUGGGAGGCGUGGCUUGUUUCUGCUGAAGACGAAUUCAACAGAGAAGCAUGGCGGCGAUACGUGGAGAACUUCCUGCUUGAUCCUGGUUUUUAUUAGAGAGUCGCCGAUAUGAAAAGCUGGGCUGAUAUUUACUGACACAGCGCUGACAUUAAAAACACCCACAAUCCUUUGCUGCGGCUGCAGGGAAAUGGAGGUGGAUCUCCAGCCUGUGAUCAUCCAUCAGGGAAACACUCGAUCGCUGCGUCUCUGAUGAUCCAGCUGCUGUCAAAAUGACAAAGAUUCGGUUUCCUUUCAUCUUCUGCUGAAGUUUGCUUCUGGUCACCAUGGAAACGUGUCAGACUAAAAAGGGAAGAAAGUGUCUGACCAGCAGGUGUGAGAGAAACGCCUUAAACUGCUCUGAAUAAAUGUUCAUGUUCGGCCCGUGUUUCCAUGACGACCUGAAAGCCUCCCACCAGCUGUUCCCGCCCACGCCGGCGGCGUAUUUAUCAGUCAUUUUAUUCUAUUUAUUGUUUUAGCUGUAGAUGUUCUCUUUCCUUUCGGAGCUGAUGGUUAAGUCACAGGAAGUCUGGUUCUACGACCGCCGCCGCUGUCCGCCGUGUUCCGAUCCAGCCGAUGGCGAACGUUAACAGGCAGCUCAGUGUCGCUGUGUAAAUAGUUUGAAGUUCACAUGAGGCUGUAUUCUGCUUUUAGAGAAACCGUGUGUCUGUUUCUGGUGUGUGAAAACGACGAUGUACCAACUGCAUGUUAUA